GAAAGUGCAUUUGAAGCACUGGAAAAAGACUUCCAAGAAGUCAUCAAUCUACUUAAGGGAGAGAAAACCCUGGAAAAAUUCCAAAUAGAAUAUGAGAAGCUCCAUGCUGUUAUGAAGAAGUCUCAUGAAAAUGAAAAGCGUCUCAUGGAGAAAUGCAGGGAGCUGAAUGCUGAGCUUGUGGUGAAUUCAUCUAAAGUAGCUGCACUCAAACAGCUCUCUAAAGAUGAUGAGGGAACUAUAUCAUCAAUGAAGAUGGAGCUUGAAAAGGCCUGGAAAAUGAUGGAUAUAGCCUAUCAAAAGAAACAGAAAGCAAAUGAAAAGAUUAAAUCACUGCAAGAGGAAAUUGCACGCCUAACUAAUUUAGUGGAGCAAGGAUCUGGACUGUCUCUGGAACAGGAGCGCAAUGUCCGGGAUUUGCUAAAACUUAAAGAAGAGGUAACUACGGAGCGAGACCAACUGUUGUCAGAGGUUGUGAAGUUACGUCAAAGUCUAACUCAAGCCACAGAGCAGCAGCAGGAUGCAGAGAGGGCAAAAGACCAGGCAGAACAAUCCAUUAUGCAGCUUCAGCAAGAAAUCCAGCUGCGUCAUAAUGAGGCGUCACGAGAGGCUCGAAAGAGGGAAAAAACGGAGAACGAGCUGAAAAAUCUUCUAGCUGAAAUAGGUAACAAGCAAGAUGAGAUCAAGAAUUUACAGCAACAUAUACAGAAGAGCAAAGAGGAACAACUGAAAACGGAGCAGCAGCUAAAAGAGCAGAAGAUCUUGAAUGAAAGAGCUGGUAAGGAACUUGAGCAAUUUCAGAUGAGAAAUAAUAAGCUCAUGCAGGAGAACAAGCAGCACAGUGUGAUAUUUGAAGAGGUGAUGCAGGACAUCCAGCAGAAGACAGCAGAACUGAAAGCCAGAGAUGAAGAAGUGACUGAGAUGCGCCUUGAAAUUUCAAAGCUGAACAAAGUAAGAGAUGUUCUCCAGCAUAAACUGCGUGUUGCAGAGGAACAAAAAGUUGAUGCGGAACAUGAGAGAAACAUCCUAAAAAAUCAAGUAUCUGGACUGGAGAGAGAGUUGGAGGCUGCCAAAAAGCAGGCAGAGAUUGACAAGAAAGCUGUGGAUGAUCUUAUGAGGGAAAGGGAUAUGCUAAGCAAGAACUUAGUCAAGGCUACCAGUACCACUCAGCAGCAGAUGAAUUUGGUGAAGAUACAUGAACAGUCAAAGAAGAACUUGGAAACAGAAAUCCAAAAUUAUAAGAAUGAAGCUCAGAAACAAAGGAAGAUUAUUUAUCAAUUGGAGAAGGAGAGAGAUGGUUUCAUCAAUGAAACCCGUGACCUCAAAGAGAAGGUCCUCAAGCACAUGAAAGAUAUUGAAAUACGGGAAAUACAGAUCUGUGACUAUGAGAAGAAAAUAGAAGAGUCUGAGAUUAAAUUUAAACAGCAACAAACCAACUGUGAAGCUGUGAGAAUGGAGAGGAACCUGUACAGUAAAAAUCUGAUUGAAGCUAAGGAUGAGAUAGCAGAAACAAGGAAGAAACUGAAAACUGUGAUACAUCAGGUGGAUCAGCUGAAAGAGGAGAUCGCAGACAGAGAAGCAGCCCUUGAGAAAGCACAUGCAGAACAUCAGCAGACAGAGAAGGAGAAGGAAUCAUUGAAAGCUGGACUACUUAAGAUGAAAGAACAGGCUCUGGAAACCAAACACUUUAUAGAAAAUCAGGAGGCAGAAGAGAGAAAACUCCUAAAAGUCAUUGCUGAAGCUGAUGCUGACAGGCUGAAGCAAAAGAAGGAAUUUGACCGGGUUAUCAACGAGAGAGAUAUCUUAGGGUCCCAGCUUGUUCGGCGCAAUGAAGAAGUGGCUCUGCUCUAUGAAAAGAUAAAAAUCCAGCAGUCCAUCUUAAACAAGGGUGAAACUCAAUACCGACAGAGAAUGGAAGACAUCCAGCUUCUCAAGCUGGAGAUCAAAAACCUUCGGCGUAAGAAAGGAAUACUUGGCAAGAAUGUGGCUAAUGUGGAGGAGCUCAGGUAG